AUGUUUGUGAAUACGGAUCCAUACACAGCGUCCAAGAUCCAGUGCAACGAGACGAUAGUGGUGUCCCGCUCGCGGCCGCACGCCAUCGUGUCGAGCCCCGGCUUCCCUCGCCCCUACCCAGACGAUGCCGACUGCGUGACACUACUGCGAGCACCGCCCGCGCACACCAUACGCGUGCAUUUUGAGGAGCUGCUGACUGAACAUGAGCCACACCCCGGCUUCCCUCGCCCCUACCCAGACGAUGCGGACUGUGUGACACUACUGCGAGCGCCGCCCGCCCACACCAUACGCGUGCACUUUGAAGAGCUGCUGACAGAACAUGAACCACACUGCAGCUACGACUACCUGGAGAUCAUCGAGACGGGUACAGACAACAGCUCGGAUCACGCGGGGGAAUGGUUAUUGGAAGACCACCAGGACACUUACAGUGCUGAGAAUGAGGUGUGGGAAGAGCCCGAAUACCUUCUACCAGAGUCAGAUUCCACCAGUGCGGGGUGGUCGCGAGACGCUCACGCAACGCGCGCGCGCCGAUUAUGCGGCGACUGGGGCGGCAAGCUGAAGCUGCUGCGAUACCAGUCAAGGACCAACGAGCUGCGCCUGCGGUUUCGAUCCGACCACUCGAGACACUUCGCGGGGUUCAAGGCCAAGAUCACUGUUGCUGAUUCUCAAGCUUGCAUGGACGUCAAGCAGGUUCUCUUCAGCAGCCACUGUUACCUGUUCUCUGGGUACCCGAGAGCCUCAUGGGUCACUGCUAAGCAGGUGUGCGAAGGCCUAAACAUGCAGCUAGCCUCCAUCCACUCCCUCGAAGAAGAACGAUUCAUAAUCUCCGGCAUCAGACAGAGUAGCGACUACAGCGCGGGCGCCAUCUACUGGUUAGGAGCCAAGCUGGGCAGGAACGCGGAGAACUUCACCUGGGUCGAUGGAACUGCUGUGGGGUACCAGGGCUGGCCGCCGUACAAUGAGACCGAGGACUCUGAAGACGAAUGCUUGGGUGUCCAGUGGAAGUCAUCACCAAUUCCAUCGCAGCCAAGCGGCCUGUAUUGGACGCUGCACAGAUGCGGGACCACCGGGGGCUACGUGUGCAAACGAAAGCUCAACCCUGAACAUGUCGUGAGGAACAGAACUGUUGAGGGAACAUCAGGGGAGCUAUCAAGCCCAAACCACCCAAGCCACUACGACAACGACUUAGACUACUGGGUGCACGUAGGCGGGCCGCCCGACACUCGCCUGGUCUUCGUCUUCAGGAAGAUCGAGCUGGAGUACCAGAAAGACUGCCUCUAUGACUUCAUUGAGCUCCGAGACCCGCUCAGCCAGAAAUCCUCCCGGUACUGCGGAUCGGUGGGCGAGACGCGCUGGGUGGCCGGCGGGAACAAAGCCGACCUGCACUUCCACUCAGACUACAACACCCAAGGCGCGGGAUUCUCUCUAACCUGGGAUGCAGUGGAGCUGAUCGGAUGUCCAUCUCAGACCUUCACCUCGAAGGAAGGCGUCCUGAGAAGUCCCAACUACCCGCACUUUCUGCUGCCGAACCUGGAUUGCACCAUCGAUAUACUUGCUCCUGCUGGAAAACGCGUAUUCCUCAACAUCAGCCACUUCGACUUCGGCUACGGCACCUUCGACAAAGGCGUCCCCUACAACGUCACCGACUCAGUCCCCGAAGACUCGUUCCUAGAGGUGCAGGUAGACCUGCAGACCAUGCCGAUCCGGCCGUUCCUGAACCAGAAGAUACUGACCAAUGGGCUCUUUGUGUCCCAGUCGGAGAUAUUAAGGUUACGGCUGAGGACCGGGGAGAAUGUCACCGGGAUCGGGUUCAUGGCGCAUUUUAAGACGGUGGGGUUUCUCAACCUAAGCCACGUGGUGGAACUACAGUCAGCUCGCGGCGGCCGCCUCGCUCCGCCCAACUAUCCCGGCGCCGCGCCCUCUCAGGCGUUAGUCCGCGCGAGAAUACUGGCACCACCGAGGCAUACGCUGGCGAUAGCCUUACACGCUGCGAGGUUGGCUACACCCCCUGUGGCUGAGGAUGAAGACUCCAAGAAUGAACCGUGUGGAGAAAACAACGGAUGGAUCGAGGCACUGAUUCGCGCAAGGUUGCUAGCGCCACCGAGACACACGCUAGCGAUAGCGCUACACGCUGCGAGGCUGGCUACACCCCCUGUGGCAGAUGAUGAAGACUCCAAGACUGAACCGUGUGGAGAAAACAAUGGAUGGAUCGAGGUAAGUUCAAUGAAUCCCAGUGCCGCACUCACGCAAGCACUGAUCCGUGCAAGGCUGCUAGCACCACCGAGACACACGCUAGCGAUAGCGCUACACGCUGCCAGGCUGGCUACACCCCCUGUGGCAGAUGAUGAAGACUCUAAGAACGAACCGUGUGGGGAAAAUAAUGGGUGGAUCGAGUUCUAUUACCCCGGUAUUGCGCCCGCGCAAGCGUUAAUCCGCGUGAGAAUACUAGCACCACCGAGACACACGCUAGCGGUAGCGCUACACGCUGCGAGGCUGGCUACACCCCCUGUGGCAGAUGAUGAAGACUCCAAGAAUGAACCGUGCGGAGAAAACAAUGGAUGGAUCGAGGUAAGUUCAAUAAAACCCAGUGCCGAACACACGCAAGCACUGAUCCGUGCAAGGCUGCUAGCACCACCGAGACACACGCUAGCGAUAGCUCUACACGCAGCGAGGCUGGCUACACCUCCUGUGGUAGAUGAUGAAGACUCUAAGAAUGAACCGUGUGGGGAAAAUAAUGGAUGGAUCGAGUUCAACUAUUUCGGCGCCACACCCACGCAAGCACUGAUCCGUGCAAGGCUGCUAGCGCCCCCGAGACACACGCUAGCGAUAGCGCUACACGCUGCGAGUCUGGCUACACCCCCUGUGGCAGAUGAUGAAGACUCCAAGAAUGAACCGUGUGGAGAAAACAAUGGGUGGAUCGAGGUUCAAGAUAGCUACACCGACAACAACGGCACCCGCUGGGUGCUGUGCGAAGCUCGAGGGGCUCCAGCGCCACUCGUCAUCCACUCGUACCUGCACGCUCUUACCGUCACCACGCGCGCCGGCAGCCACGGGCUCGCCGUCGACAUCGCCGUCGCCGUCAACAAGGACCCAGAAUACCACAACAAACUGCUUCUGCUGCCUGACGAAACCAAUUUGGAAUCCUGCUACCCAAACCCCUGCUCGCACGGAGGAAUCUGCGCUACCAGCGAUCACAAGAACUUCUGCCAAUGCAACGGAUAUUAUACCGGUAUAUUCUGCCUGCUAACAGCCUGCGAGCGUUCUCCCUGCGUGUUCGGCAACUGCUCCCUCAUAGCAACCGACGACGGCGGCUCCUAUUCGUGCCUGUGCGCGCGCGGCUGGCGCGGCAAGCGCUGUGCGGAGCGCGUGCGAGCGUGCGCGUCCAGGCCUUGCAACAAUAGGGGCGCGUGCACCGAGAGGGAUGGCGGGUUUCUGUGCCAGUGCAACCCCUCUUGGAAGGGGAAGAGUGCCGAACACACGCAAGCACUGGUCCGCGCGAGAAUACUGGCGCCACCGAGGCAUACACUGGCGAUAGCCUUACACGCAGCGAGGUUGGCUACACCCCCUGUGGCUGAGUAUGAAGACUCCAAGAAUGAACCGUGUGGAGAAAACAAUGGGUGGAUCGAGGUGCUAACAGCCUGCGAGCGUUCCCCCUGCGUGUUCGGCAACUGCUCGCUCAUAGCGACCGACGACGGCGGCUCCUAUUCGUGCCUGUGCGCGCGCGGCUGGCGCGGCAAGCGCUGUGCGGAGCGCGUGCGAGCGUGCGCGUCCAGGCCUUGCAAUAAUAGGGGCGCGUGCACCGAGAGGGAUGGCGGGUUUCUGUGCCAGUGUAACCCGUCUUGGAAGGGAAAGAGGUGCGAGAUUCCAAAUCCGACGCCCAACAUCGUGAGUCUGGGAACACGGAUGAUCCAGGAACCCUUCUGGCUUGGCCUAAUCGCCGUGUUUGUAGUCCUGGGCAUCAUCGGCCUGGUGUGGUGCGCCAAAAGACACUUCCCGGAAAAGAUCGAGAAACUUCUGGCGGAGGAGGCCGACAGAUGCGCUAGACGUAAGUACUUGCUACUGCUUCGGGGCGCUAUAGGCGGUGUGAUGAUCAAUCCUUCCAGCACCCAAGGCGCGGGAUUCUCUCUAACCUGGGAUGCAGUGGAGCUGAUCGGAUGUCCAUCUCAGACCUUCACAUCGAAGGAAGGCGUAUUAAGAAGUCCCAACUACCCGCACUUUCUGCUGCCAAACCUGGAUUGCACCAUCGAUAUACUUGCUCCUGCUGUUCGUCUCUUUUAUAUCCUAGGAAAACGCGUAUUCCUCAACAUCAGCCACUUCGACUUCGGCUACGGUACCUUCGACAAAGGCGUCCCCUACAACGUCACCGACUCAGUCCCCGAAGACUCGUUCCUAGAGGUGCAGGUAGACCUGCAGACCAUGCCGAUCCGGCCGUUCCUGAACCAGAAGAUACUGACCAAUGGGCUGUUUGUGUCCCAGUCGGAGAUAUUAAGGUUACGGCUGAGGACCGGGGAGAAUGUCACUGGGAUCGGGUUCAUGGCACAUUUUAAGACGGUGGGGUUUCUUAACCUAAGCCACGUGGUGGAACUACAGUCAGCUCGCGGCGGCCGCCUCGCUCCACCCAACUAUCCCGGCGCCGCGCCAUCGCAAGCACUGGUCCGCGCGAGAAUACUGGCGCCCCCAAGGCAUACACUGGCGAUAGCUCUACACGCAGCGAAGCUGGCUACACCCCCUGUGGCAGAUGAUGAAGACUCCAAGAAUGAACCGUGUGGAGAAAACAACGGAUGGAUAGAGGCGUUAGUCCGCGCGAGAAUACUGGCGCCACCAAGGCAUACGCUGGCGAUAGCCUUACACGCAGCGAGGCUAGCUACACCCAAUGUGGCUGAGGAUGAAGACUCCAAGAAAGAACCGUGUGGAGAAAACAAUGAAUGGAUCGAGUUCAACUAUUUCGGCGCCACACCCACGAAGGCACUGAUUCGCGCAAGGUUGCUAGCGCCACCGAGACACACGCUAGCAAUAGCGCUACACGCUGCGAGGCUGGCUACACCUCCUGUGGCUGAUGAUAAAGACUCCAAGAAUGAACCGUGUGGAGAAAACAAUGGGUGGAUCGAGGUAAGUUCAAUGAAAUCCAGUGCCGCACUUACGCAAGCACUGAUCCGUGCAAGGCUGCUAGCGCCCCCAAGGCAUACGCUAGCGAUAGCGCUACACGCUGCAAGGCUGGCUACACCCCCUGUGGCUGAGGAUGAAGACUUCGAGAAUGAACCGUGUGGAGAAAACAAUGGGUGGAUCGAGUGCGCAACUGCUAGCGCCCCUCCGGUACACCUGGCGAUAGCUCUACACGCUGUGAGGUUGACUACACCUAAUGUGGCUGAUGAUAAAAACUCCAAGAAUGAACCGUGUGGAGAAAACAAUGGGUGGAUAGAGGUAAGUCUAUUAUCCCCUCUCACAGGGAAACCGUGCGCGACUGCUUGCGCCCCCGAGACACACGCUAGCGAUAGCCUUAACACAGCGAGGUUGGCUACUCCCCCUGUGGCUGAGGAUGAAGACUCCAAGAAUGAACCGUGUGGAGAAAACAAUGGGUGGAUCCAGGUAAGUUCAAUGAAAUCCAGUGCCGAACACACGCAAGCACUGAUCCGCGCGAGAAUACUGGCGCCACCAAGGCAUACACUGGCGAUAGCUCUACACGCUGCGAAGCUGGCUAUACCUCCUGUGGCUGAAGAUGAAGACUCCAAGAAUGAACCGUGUGUAGUAAACAAUGGGUGGAUCGAAGUUCAAGACAGCUACACCGACAACAACGGCACGCGCUGGGUGUUGUGCGAAGCUCGAGGGGCUCCAGCGCCGCUCGUCAUCCACUCGUACCUGCACGCUCUUACCGUCACCACGCGCGCCGGCAGCCGCGGGCUCGCCGUCGACAUCGCCGUCGCCGUCAACAAGGACCCGGAAUACCACAACAAACUACUUCUGCUGCCUGAUGAAACCAAUUUGGAAUCCUGCUACCCAAACCCCUGCUCGCACGGAGGAAUCUGCGCUACCAGCGAUCACAAGAACUUCUGCCAAUGCAACGGAUAUUAUACCGGUAUAUUCUGCCUGCUAACAGCCUGCGAGCGUUCCCCCUGCGUGUUCGGCAACUGCUCCCUCAUAGCGACCGACGACGGCGGCUCCUAUUCGUGCCUGUGCGCGCGCGGCUGGCGCGGCAAGCGCUGUGCGGAGCGCGUGCGAGCGUGCGCGUCCAGGCCUUGCAACAAUAGGGGCGCGUGCACCGAGAGGGAUGGCGGGUUUCUGUGCCAGUGUAACCCGUCGUGGAAGGGAAAGAGAUGCGAGAUCCCAAAUCCGACGCCCAACAUCGUGAGCCUGGGAACACGGAUGAUCCAGGAACCCUUCUGGCUGGGCCUAAUCGCCGUGUUCGUAGUCCUGGGCAUCAUAGGCCUGGUGUGGUGCGCCAAGAGACACUUCCCCGAAAAGAUCGAGAAACUUCUGGCGGAGGAGGCCGACAGAUGCGCUAGACCCGGCUGGCGCGCGCACGGUGGGCAGGCGGCGGGCGCGGGCGCGGCCGAGCGCACGCUGCUCACGCGGCUCGGUAUCCGCAAGCCGUCGGUCACGCUCUCGCCGCACCCGAGGGCCGCGCGCACCUUUAGCUUGGACGAUCUGUUAAAGCCGCCGCCCGGACGUAAGGAGCGGAGCGCCGGCGCCCGCGCACUCCGCACUGAUGCGCGAUCAUACACGAACCUCCAUUUCAUUAGUAAUUAUUUUGUGUCCGGUUUUGGUGGCAGUAAUCGGGGAGUACCCGGCUGGCGCGCGCACGGUGGGCAGGCGGCGGGCGCGGGCGCGGCCGAGCGCACGCUGCUCACGCGGCUCGGUAUCCGCAAGCCGUCGGUCACGCUCUCGCCGCACCCGAGGGCCGCGCGCACCUUUAGCUUGGACGAUCUGUUAAAGCCGCCGCCCGGACAUCAAGGCAUGAUGGUGAUCUCUCAACCCCUAAGUGUUUUCUAUAAAUGUUUUUUUCAACCCAGUUCUGAGAUGUUUCUAAAUGUAGCUUUUGUCAUGAACAUUGAUGUUGUAUCAGAUGCUUAUCAUAGAACGACUUGGUUUCCAAAUGAAUGCUAUAUCAAGGUUUUUAACACAGGAACACCAUCACCUCGGAAAAAACGUAAUAACUCAACACCAACAAAGAAAAACGCAGCAGAAAAAAAGCAAAUUCUUCAGCAGUUGAUAAGUCCGGCAUCGGGGAACGACCACUCAAAGAAGAUCACGAUGGGGGAACUAAUACAGAUGUCGGAAAAAAGGACUCUGAGCACAGUAGAAAGCGCUCCUGCUUUUGUGGACUACGGUAUAGAAAAUAAAGAGACUUCAUUUGCAAGUGAAGCAUCCACACCCUCAACAUCUCCCUCGAUGAGGCACAUAUCAGAUCCUAAGUUAGAGAAAAAAGUUACCUUCGCUAGAUUACUGAACAAAGUUUCAGCUGAAAUGAGCUCCAGUUCUGAUGUGGACAUGGUAAAUACGAUAGCGAUUCCAAUGGCAGUCAUAGCUGAUAGAGGUAUGAAAGCUAAAGCUUCAAGUACUCCACCGUCCCCUGGUGUAGAGGUUAGAUCUCCUCAUAGUACGUCGAGCAAUCAAGGCAGUGAUUCCAUGUCCAGUCUUGAUUUGACGUUAGCUCAUGCUGCUUUGAAAAAAUAUUCAAGACAACCGAAAAUAUCCAGUGCUGACUCCAUCCUCGCCAUGUUUCGAAACUUCUCGUCAUCGUCAGCUGCGAUAGUGUCUCGAGCAUCGUCGGGAGGUGUCUCAGCCUCAAGCACGCCUUCAGCAUCAUCGCCACAGGAUGAUACUGUGGAUGCUGAUGAUAUAUCCCUGGCAUCUUCACACAUACCCUCGCUAGCUCCGGAUUCACCAGUCACUAGGCCACAUAACACCAUUGAAAUACAGGUUCUUGAUCCUUUGAGUGCUCACAAAUCUUCGUCUUCAGGCAGCAACCUUCUACAUCCUCCAUCUAUUUUGCUUGAAGUACCCAGUGGCAUAAAUAAAUGCCUUUCACCUAUUCGAGAACUGCCCACGCCCCUUCCAACUCCACUACCUACCCCACUCCCUACCCCACUCCCUACCCCUCUCCCUUCGCCCCGCAUGCCAAGAGCUAAUAUGGAGCCAGACACGAAGAGUGAAUCGACGGCAACAUGCGUAUCUCCAAGUGAAGAUGAGCUGGACGAAAUAAAGUAUGAGACCAAACCCGAGAGACCUCUAUCUGGGCUACGACUGAAGCUCCGCCAGCCAGCUAUCUGCAGUGAAACGCCAACACCAUCCACCCACGUAACUGACUCUCCCAGCCCCAGCUUCACUCACAGUCAAGAUUCUGAACGAGAAAUGUCUUCUCCGUCGCCCGCGCCUCCUACCCUCAGAGUCCCGAUUCUCACGAUAGAGCGGCCUUCACCAGGAUCACCUCCUCCCAGGCGCACCCCACCACAUUUAGAAUUUCAACCGCCUCCUCUGAUAACUGUCACGUACAACGCAAGUGAGGAAUCGGACGAACCGAUGUCCCCAAGACCACCGCCACCAAGUGGAAAUAUGUGCUACCUAAGCCCAUUCUCCAUGUCUGCCAGAGGAGAAAGAGCGCCAUCAGAAUCAAAUCUGUCCUCAUCUGGAUACAGUUCUAUGGCAAGUCCUGGUCCUUCCCGGUGCGGGUCAAGCAACCCUUUGUGUCCCUCUGAAAUGGAAGAUCCGGGUUCAGGUGGAGGCCCUUCUUGUUUUCAAUCGAGAAGACGACCGCUGAUGAAAACUAACUCCAGUCCUGGCUUCGAACGACGACUCCAAUGAAGGAGACGAGGAAGAUCCGAUUCAGAAACUUUAUCAGACGACCCAUUACUCGAAUCGAAUGAUGAAGGAAUCGGAACGGAUGAGAGAGUAGAUGAUGUGCCGUCCAGUGCUAAGGAAUUAGAAACGUUGGUCGGUUUGAAAGAAACUUUAGAGGUGCCUCAGACGACGAUAAUUUCGCCUAGCGGAGUGACCAAAUGUUCAAUAGUUAAAUGUAUUAGUGUGGAAAGAGGUUUAGAUGAGAAGGCUUGUUUGAGGCCGCCUACGUUGCUUUCCGACUGCAGUAGACCGUUAAGCCCCGUUAGUUCUAGAAGUGAGAGUCCAUUGAGCGAUAAGACUGGUUUGGGAAGGUUCUCGCCUCAAUUUUACGGUAGGCAGCUGCCGUUUACCGACUCUGACGGCUUGUAUGACUUUCCAAGUUCGGAGUGCGUGAAAGGGAACAACUGUAAGUCGGCGAACAAUACGCAGAAGAAGUCGGGGAGGAAAAGAGACCGGAGAACAACAAGAACUGCGUCACAUGAAGUCGCGGGGACGACGAAGUCGACGCUGCCGCAUAUGCCGCAUUCUAUGCACAAUUUGCUGGAGGUGCCAGGCUGCCGCGAAGCCUCCACCCGCAGCCGCAAGGGCGGGCGGCGUCGCUCGCGCUCGCAGGCGCCCGCCCCCGCCUCGUCAUCUUCAUCCGAAGACUCGGUCUCCAACGCUUCCGUCGCAUCCGUGGCCUCCGCUAGGGAGUUAAGAGUGCCGCCCGAUUUGGAGAUGCAGGAUACGUCGUCGAAAAUAUCUUCGAGUUUGGACCUGACGGAGGACGCAAGAAAACCCGUGAAAAUCAGCAAGUUGAGAACUAUCAGCAAUCAAAUAAGGUUCCUUCGCCGCCUAGAACGCAGCCUCAAGAUGAAGGAGAGCUUCCCAGCCGUCUCGGACGACGAGGGAGACGAAUCCUCCAGCGUCACCUCCCCCCUCCUCCAAGGAAGAAAGGACCUAGGCCGCGUGCCCAGCCACGCCACCUCCGCCCCUAUGCUCAGCUCCAUAAGACCCAAAAUCACGCGCCAACGACGCUACGACCGCUCCCUAGUCAGCGAAGACACCAGAACUCUUAACGCGGCCCCGGGACAGGACAACUCCGAUUGAGUGCUAACUUUAAGAGUAGGCGCACACCGUUGAUUUUUAGUUGGCCGAUAGUUGUGCCCGAUUUCAAAUUGUAUGAAGAA